GCGGCGCGGGAGCGCUGAGGGGAGACGGGAGCGCUGAGGGGAGACAGGGACGGCACCGGCCACAGCCUGGCAGCGGCACCGACACCGGCACCUACCGCACCGGCUCCGGCCUGGGUCUGACACUGACCGCACCGGCAUCAGUCUGGGCUUGGCACUGACCGCAUCGGCACCGGUCUGGGCCUGGUACUGACACUGACCGCACCGGCUCCGGUCUGACACUCCCGGCACCGGCCUGAGCUGACCGCAGCAGCCCGGCCCUGACCGCCCUGGCACUGACCGCACCGGCUCGGACCGCUCCGGUGCUGCCCUGCGCUGACGGCCCCGGCGCUGGCCCCGCUCCCUCCGCCCGUGCCGGUACGCUUCUCCUCCGCCUGCGGGCAGGCCUCGCUGCCGGGCCGGCCCCGGGAGGUUUCUCUUUGUUUUCAGGGUUUGCCGCGGGGUCUCGGGCUCGCGUGGGUCCGCCCUGUCUGCCCUCGGCUCUGCUGCUUCCCCACCCAGCCAAGCCCUCGCUGUUUUGUGUUCCUGGUGGAUUUCACCUGAACAAACCCUGGGCCCUCCUUUGGUACAAGACCGCAAACGUUCAGAAAUAUUUUUGGACGUGAAGGAUGGAAUUGUCAGUGAUUACUAUUGGACAAGUACAAAAUGUGCUUUCAGCCAUGCAGAAGAACUUGGAGUGCCCAAUAUGCCUGGAUGUGGUGCAAGAGCCUGUUUCAACAAAAUGUGAUCACAUAUUCUGCAGAUUCUGCAUGUUCAAACUUAUCAACAAAAAGAAAAAAGGGGUGGUAGAGUGUCCUCUGUGUAAGACUGAAGUUACCAAGAGAAGUCUGAAAGAAAAUUCCAGAUUUAAGCAACUAAUUGAAGGACUGUUGGAAACCAUCCAUGCUUUUGAGCUUGACACUGGAGUGAAGUUUUUAAAGAGUCAUCACUUUGCUAAAACAUCCACGGAAGCCACUGCUGCUGAGUCCCUGUGUAAAGAAAGUUCUGUCAUCCAAAGUAAAGGCUUCAGAAACAGGAGGAAAAGUGCUAAAGGAAAUGGACAAGAAAACUUCACCUUGCAGGAAGCUAGUGUGAAUAUUCAGCUUGCAGAUGCCAAAAUGUGUCACCCAAGAAACAAACCCCAGAAAUCUGGCUCUCAAAAGGGUACUUAUAUAGAGUUUGGCUCUGGAUCAUCUGAAGAGUUUUUGAAACAGGCAAGCAAACCUGGGUUUGAAGACAAAGGAGCAGUUCAGAUUUCUUCUCAAGUAAGGCUGGAAGAACUUGAGAGUGCUGAGAAAGGGAAUGAAAAUUCUUGUAAUGCACAGCCUGACAAGCUGUGUGCCAAAGAAAUAACACUACCAGACAGCACAGGUGAAGGGGAUUUCUCAAAGGAGUGUUUGAGCAAGAGAAGCACUCAGAGCAUCACUGAAUGUGCCAAGCCUGACCAAGUGAAUGUGACUGAAGGCCAGAGUUCUCCUUUGAGUGUCCUUGCUGCAGAGCUGCCCCCAGAGCAGUGUGACAGAGCAGGUGCUGCCAGUCCCACACUGGAUGGGGACACAUCAUUCUCUAAGAACCCAGAAGAAAUGGAGGAACAGCAAACCCAGCACAACACUGAAAACCAAGAGUUUGAUUUAGAAAAUAGCUCAGAGAGCAGGCUGGAUAAAAGCAGGGAAAUGGAUACUGAUGUACAAAGUGUGGAAGCUGUAGAGGGAUAUGAACCUGAGAAUGAAUCUUCCCAUGACAAAGAACUUCCUCUGGAGGAGCUGCCUCAGCCAGAGACACUCCACUCUGCCACCCUGAAUAAAGUCUCCAAGAAGAAACUGAAGCAGAGCAUUCAGAAAGUCAACGAAUGGUUUUCAAAAAGCAAUGAGAUUUUGUCUUCUGGUUCUUCAGUGGAUGAAUCUGCUGCAUCAGCUGAUGUCUCAGGUGAAGGAGAUCUGUGUUUAUCAGAUAAAGAGUCCUGUAUUUCAGCAAAGACUGACCCUAUGGCAGAUUCCAUGGAAAUUGCAGCAGUGGAAGGGAAAAAGAGAUGGUCAAACCAAAAAGCAGAGGACAUCAAAGAUAAAAUAUUUGGCAAAACAUACAGGAGAGAGAGGAAAUCAAAUCCCCCUUCUACCUUGAGAGAUAUUUUGCCUGCUAGGCAAAAGGAAGAUGUGGCUGCUGCUAAGUGCCUGACUGAUUUCAGCAAAGACAGACUCAAACGAAAGAGGAAGACUGCCUGUGUCCUGCAACCUGAGGAUUUCAUCAAGAAAAAAGAUACAGAAAAGGCAGCUGGGGGCCCUCAAAGUGUUAAUGGGGGCCUUGGAAAUGCUGAAAAGAAAAGAUGUGAUGAAAGUGUUGCUGUGAACGAGAGUCACCUCUCUCAGAAUAGAGCAAAUAAUACAUUAAGAGAACCUGAGGAAGGAGAAGAGUCCACGUGGAAGAAAGCUGCUGAGAAGGUCACCACCAAGCACUGUGAGGGGGAACCAGAGAUGUAUAACUGUGAUCAGAAAAGCAGCAAAAAGAGAAGCUCUGCAGCAAAAAGAUGCAGGCAUUCUAGCAGAACUAUGUGUGCUCUGCAGUUAGUAGUGGACAGAGGCUCUGUUUUCCCUGAUGCAGCUGAGCCACAGAUUGACAGCUAUCCCAGCAGUGGAGAGCCCAGGAAAGAGGAUUCCGAGCAAAACCCAGUCAGACGCAGCAGAAGGCUUCAGCUGCUCUCUGAAGAAAUGACAAAAGAAACAAGGAAAGGAGGAAAGGGAGCCAGAAAUAACAGUGAUCAUGGAAGGUCUGUCUCUGGAGACCAAAGGAACGUGGCAACUCACUCUGCUGAAUGCAAAGAGCUGUGUGAGCCUCAAGAUGAGCUGAGUUACAGGCCAGUCACUAAUUUGGAGGGAGGUGAUCUGCAAGCCAAUGAAGUGCAGGUUAGUCUAAAAAAUUUCUCUGACACUGCAGAAACUAGAAAAAGUCUGUUCAGUCCUUCACGUCUGCCUUCAAACUGUGGUUCCACUGUUCCUGAUACAAGUUCUCAAGACAGUAAAAUACUUGGUAGCCCCCUCCUCCUACAACUUCCUUCAGUGUCUGCUGGGGAAACUGCUUCUCACCAGACUGAGGAGGGGACUGAAUCACCUACUGCUUCUCCCCCAGAAUGUGGGCAUGAUUCACAAAAUGUUCCAGGGGACUUCAAAGCUGAGAAGUUGCCAGUGGCUAAAAAUGUUUUGGAAUUGACUAAGGAAGCCGAAGACAGUGACUUGGACACACAGUAUCUGAGGAAUAUAUUCAGGCACUCCAAGCGCUCCUCCUUCAGCCUUUUUCAGUCUCAUGCAGUGGCAGAUCCUCCUUCUGAGACUUUAAAUCUAUCAUGUGCUGCUCAGGUAGAAAAUAAGGCUAGCAAACAGUUACAACCAGAAAGCUUGCAAGAGGAGAGAGCAGCUGCUCAAAACUUGAGCAGGGUUUCUGAGAAAGAGAAGCUGAAGUCCUGUGAGUCUGCACGUGUUGAUCCUGGGCCUUGCUUUGCUGUCAGCACAGGAGAGCACAGGGAUGGCAUUUCACAGGCUGCAGAGGAAGGGACUCUGACACCAGCAAGAGCAGGAACUGCUCAGACUGAGCACAACAAUGGAUUGCUGCAGGAAGAGCAGGACAAUGAAAAGCCAGUGUCAACUGAGGUAGGAAUAGAAAGUGAGUUGAGACAGAAUCCCAUUGAAAGUGAUGGAAGCCAGAGUGACCAGAGUUACACAGAGAAGCAUGAUUCCAGACAAAAUGAUUUAAACACGGGCCAGGAAAACAGCUUCAGUUCAGAAAGCAAUCAGGCAGGAAAGACUGAACUUGAUUGCACAGGACCAAUUCUACAUUUUCAAUCCACAUCAACGAUUUGUUCUGCAACUUGUCAGCAAAGCCCUGCUGAAUUCAGCUCUGAAGUCACUAGCACAAAAAGCAGCAAAAGAGAAAGAAAACAUGUAAAGGGGGAUGAAGAAGAAGCAGCCCAAACUGUAAGCACAGCUGCAGAGGCUCUGCAAGGGCCUCUUGGAGAGAAUUGUGGCCUUACAGGUUUGUCUGAAACCCCGAAUGCCUUACUGUGCUCUGAUACUGACAUUGAGGAGAACAGCAGCCUGUGUGAAACUGAUAGGAAAGAGCAAUCUGCAGUGUUUGUAAAGAGUGCCAGUGCCCUGGGAGAAGAUCUGCACAAUAGAAAUGCAAGUUCCAAGCCAAGACCUCGGGGUCCUCGAAGGUCUCGAAGACGAGUGCAGAAACUGCCAUCUUCAGACGAGGAGUCCUGUGAGGAUGAGGACUUGCCAUGCUUUAGGACAUUCAUCUUCAGCAAAUCAGCAAGCACACCUUUGCAUUCUGACAAACAAAUGGCACCUCUGGUGGAGUCCCCAGUGGCAGAGUGCCCAGGGAGCCCCAGUGUGCUGCCUCACAGUGUGAGUAACGAUGGCAAGGUCGUGCAGAAAGUGUCUGAAGCUGCCCUAAGUCAUGGCUGUGCUUCACCAAGCCAGGAGUCAGAAUGCUCUGUCAACUUGUUUUCUUCCCAGUCCAACAUGUCUGAGGAAUCAUUUAAUGGAGCACAAGAACUGAGCAAACAUUUACCACAAGCUCAGGUGUCCAAACAAAUGAGCAGUGGAAAUGACAGUAAAGAAACUUCUCAGGAUUCUGGUGAAGGGCUCAAGGAGACCAAAGAUGAAAGCCAAGAAGACCCAGACAUGAGAGCAAAUCUAGGUGAAGCAUCUGGAUCUGACAGUGAAAUAAGCAUUGUGGAAGAUUCCUGUGGAGCAUUCUCUCAGGGUGAAAUCCUCACUACCCAGCAAAAGAAUGCUAUGCAAAAUAGCCUGAAAAAACUGCAGCAAGAAAUGGCUGCACUUGAAGCAGUGCUAGAGCAGAAUGGGAGCCAGAACUGUGAAGUUUUACCUGCACACAGGGAGCUGCCACAUUCCAGUACUGAAGGAGCAUCUGAAAUGGAUCAAAUGAGUAAAGAAAUAAACAGGUCUCCAGAAUUGUUGCUUUCAGCUUCUAAAUCCUCUUUAAGGAAGAAAUCAGAUCUGGAGAAAGGCCCUGAGAGUGACAGUGUUCUACAGAACAAAACUCCCUCUGAAAAGACAAAACCUGUGCAGGAGGCAGUGCAAGAGCACAGGCAGUGUCAGCCUGAAGCAGGAAAUACAGAGGAGCAGAAAUCUGGGACCGGUGCAUCAUCAGAUCUUUUUGGAAAUGUAACCCCAGAUAACUCUUCCUCCUCUGUGAGGCUUUUUACCCCUCAAACUGCAGAAGCCCCAGCAGGGCCUGUGAUGGCUCAGAACACUGAUAAAAGCUGUGGCCCAGGACACAAAUUGAAGAGAAGUGAAUGUUCUCCUGUACCUGUUCUGCACAAUGCAGCUGGGAAAGAAAAUACUGCAAAUCCAGUGGUGACCAAGAGGAAAGAAAUGUCAGUUGUGGUCUCAGGUCUGAAUCACAGUGAGCAUUUGGUGGUCCAGAAGUUUGUGAAAAAAACUCAGAGCACUUUAUCUAAUCACAUUACUGAAGGAACAACCCAUGUCAUAAUGAAAACAGAUGAGGAGCUGGUGUGUGAACGGACCCUGAAGUAUUUCCUGGGCAUUGCAGGAGGAAAGUGGGUGGUCAGUUACCAGUGGAUAAUUCAGUCUUUUAAAGCAGGAAGAAUACUGGAUGAGGAGAACUUUGAAGUCAGAGGAGAUGUAAUCAAUGGGAGAAACCAUCAAGGUCCCAAGAGGGCCAGAAAGGCCCUGACUGACAAGAUCUUUAAAGACUUUGAGAUCUGUUGCUGUGGACCCUUCACUGACAUGACUACAGAGCAUCUGGAGUGGAUGGUGGAGCUCUGUGGUGCCUCGCUGGUGAAGCAGCCUGACCUGUUCACACCCACAGCAAAUUCUACUGCUGUUGUGGUUGUGCAGCCAGAUGCUUGGAAGGAAAACAUGGAUUAUACAGCAAUCCAGCAGCAGAGCAACGUUGCCGUGGUAACUCGGGAGUGGGUCCUGGACAGCGUGGCUUGCUACCAGUGCCAGGAGCUCAGUGCUUACCUCGUGUCCUGAGGGUGGUUUUACUUUUGUGUAAUUAUUUUUACUUGUGUAGGACCCAGUGCCUGGCAUGGCUGCAGCUCUUGGUCAUCAUAAAAUUACUGAAACAUUGCCAUCCAGAAGGUGGAAUUGCCCACUGUUCUUUAAAGCUUUACAUUAGCUUAAAGGACUAUGAGAUUAUAAAUGUUAAAUUUUAAAAGUUAGAGGAUGUAGUAUAUGGCCUCCUCAGAGAAAUGGUGAUAUAUUGCUUGCCACUGCAGCCAGUUUCUGUUUAAAUACUUGGGGACAGUUAUUUAAAAGAGGAAUAUUGGGCUUGGGGUUUGAAUGAAAACAUACCUGCACUCUGGAGUAACCUCCAGAUUUUCAUUUUGCUUAAAUACAAACCUUGAAUGCUAUUUUGUGAUUAUUAAUGCAUUAGCCUUGGCCAUUGAUUGAUUAUGGUUGUGUUGAAAACUCUACAAACAGCUUUCCUGUUGUGCAUCACAGUGCCAGCUCACCCUAACCAGAAACACAGGUAUGGUCCUCAGAAAUGCAAUGAUUGAAUCCAAACACAAGGCAAUGCUUUAAAACCAGGCUUAAAAGGCUUAAAAUUUAGUGCCAGUGCUGUCAGGCUGAUUUCUGACAAGAGUAUGUGGCACUAUGAAAGCAUAAUGAAUAGAUGCAUUUUAGUAUCCUGGUGACCCAUGAUAAGCCCAAAAAUAUCUGCUUCUAAUAGUCCCUGCUUGUAAAAUGAGGCUGCAAAGAAAUUGGCUUUUUAUGAAAGAAAAUAUCUUGCUUGUUUCUGUUGCCAAGCAAUUCAAUUUCAUAUCUAAUUUUGUACUUUGAGAGCAGAGCUGCUUGUUUAAAAAGCAAAAAAAAAGGUAGCUAAGUUCAUAAAAUUGUUUUGUGAUAAGAUGCUGCUGUCUUGGAAAGUUACAGAAAGUAUGUUUAUAAAUAUUUGAAUGCA